AUGAGUAAGGUACCCGAUGCCUGGGAGGACGAGUGGUCCAACGGAGCAGAUGUAAGGUUUCUCGCACGCGGUGGUGGUCACGCGCACCUUGAAGAUACACAUGCUGACGGCCAGCAGCAGCCGACUCCCGCAGCCGAACCCGCAGCGUCGAAAAAGGCUUCUUCCAAAGUGAGCAAAGCCCAGCGCAGGGCCCAGCAGGCUGAAUUCAAUAGACAACUCUGGGCAGAAGCUGAAGGACCCAAAGAGACAAACUACUUCCUCGAGUCCCGAAAUGUCCCCCCGCUGCGCUCCGAGUUCAAACCUCCUCCCAUCCUGCUCUCCAGAAAAGGUCCCAUCAUCCAGUCAUCCCGGCCGCCCACGUCCGGUCUCUCGGAAUUGACCUUGAACGACAAAGCCGCCGAAUCUUCCGAGGACGAAGAUGAGGUGAAAGCCCGGGAGCUUUCCCUCGCUGAACGCCAGGCCCAGGCCGCGAAAGACCGGGAAGAAAAGCAACGCAAAUACGAGGAGAGAAGGCUGGAAUUGUUCGGUCCAAGUUCUGCCUCCAAUGCGUCCCACGUCAAUAACAAAUCCGGCAAUUCAACUCCGUCGAGCUUGACGCCUCCAGGAUCGAGAUCGGCCACCCCGAAUCGAGGACGAGGGAAAGGCGGCAGCGGCCGACGCGGGGGUGUGAACAUGAACACGAGAACUCAGUCUAGAGGUUCACAACAACAGCAACGUGACCUCUAUGAUCCUUCAUACGUUCCGAGGCCUGACUCUGGGUACGUCCAGCGCCGCGAAAAUGGUGCCACGCCUGGCGUGCGAACCCCGGAGAUUCACCCCAUCAGAGCACCUCGAGGACCCGAUGGUUCUGGACGAGGUGGAUUCGGCUUUGCCCAGCCUCACAGCGGCCGAGGAAAUGAUGCUUUUGUGCAGCAAAAUGCAUACGAUACGACAAACGUUUGA